CGCACACACUAAAUUACAUGUUUCUAUAGUUUGCUUGUUUAGAGACUGUUCCUUUAUAAUGGAGCUCUCUCUCUCUAUAAAUAUAUGUCUUCUCUUCUCAAUUUCUAUUGUUUUGUUUGUUUAAAAUUUGUGCUUUUGUAAUGUCUCUGUUUAAUUUGGGAUUUUAUAUUUCUAUUAUUUUGUUUGUUUAGAAUUUGUGCCUUUGUAAUGCUAGGUCUCUCUCGCCCAUCUAUUGUUCUCUCUCUCUAACACUUGUCUCUUUAGCAUUGAAGUUUUGAUGCUUUGGCACUCAUGCAUUCACAAUUUUGAAGGAUUUCAUAGGCAUUUAUUGUCAGAUAUCUGUAAGGGGAGGUUUGGAUUAAUAGGCGGCAUCAAGUUGAGAAAUGGGCUCCAAAAUGAAUGUUCGGAAGGGAGCAAAAGUUUGGGUCGAAGAUCUUGAUCUUGCUUGGGUAGAGGCUGAAGUUGUAGAUAUCACAAAUAAACAUGUUAUUGUUAUUACAUCUCAACGGAAGAAGCUUUCAACAUCUUCAUCAAAGGUGCAUCCAAGAGAUCCGGAGGCUGAACAUGGUGGGGUUGACGACAUGACAAAAUUGGCUUAUUUGAAUGAGCCUGGAGUUCUCUAUAACCUUGCAAGACGUUAUGCUCUCAAUGAUAUUUAUACAUAUACGGGGAGCAUCUUGAUUGCUGUCAACCCAUUUACAAAGCUUCCUCAUCUAUAUAACACUUACAUGAUGGAACAGUAUAAAGGGGCCCCGUUUGGAGAGCUGAAUCCACAUGUUUUUGCUGUUGCUGAUGCAUCAUACAGAGCCAUGGCGAGUGAAGGAAGAAGCCAAUCAAUAUUGGUUAGUGGAGAAAGUGGUGCUGGUAAGACUGAGACAACAAAGCUGAUAAUGCAAUAUCUGACUUAUGUUGGGGGCCGAGCUGCUGGUGAUGACAGAACUGUUGAGCAACAAGUUCUUGAAUCAAAUCCCCUUCUCGAGGCCUUUGGUAAUGCAAGAACUGUUAGAAAUGACAAUUCGAGUCGUUUUGGCAAAUUUGUUGAGAUCCAGUUCGAUGCAAGUGGCAGAAUAUCUGGUGCUGCAAUUAGAACUUACCUUUUGGAACGGUCUCGGGUUGUGCAGAUCACUGACCCUGAGAGGAAUUAUCAUUGCUUUUAUCAACUAUGUGCUUCACCGAAGGACACAGAAAAGUACAAGCUGGGCCCUCCGAAUACUUUCCAUUACCUAAAUCAGAGCAAGACAUAUGAAUUAGAAGGAGUGAGUAGUGCGGAGGAGUACAUAAAGACAAGAAGGGCGAUGGACAUAGUUGGUAUAAAUUUCGAUGAUCAGGAAGCCAUUUUCCGUACGUUGGCGGCUGUUCUUCACCUUGGAAAUAUUGAAUUUUCACCUGGAAGGGAGCAUGACUCGUCAACUAUUAAGGAUCAGAAGUCUAACUUUCAUCUUCAAACAGCAGCUAGUUUAUUCAUGUGUGAUCGUAAACUCUUGGUUGCAACAUUAUGUACACGCUCAAUCCAGACUAGGGAGGGAACCAUUGUGAAAGCGUUGGACUGUGCUGCAGCUGUGGCUAGCCGUGAUGCCUUGGCAAAAACAGUUUAUUCUCGUUUGUUUGAUUGGUUGGUAGAGAAAAUUAAUAGAUCUGUUGGGCAAGAUCCGGAUUCUAGAAUGCAGAUAGGAGUGCUGGAUAUUUAUGGUUUUGAAUGUUUUAAAAAAAACAGUUUUGAGCAGUUCUGCAUCAACUUUGCUAAUGAGAAGCUUCAGCAGCAUUUUAAUGAGCAUGUGUUUAAGAUGGAGCAGGAAGAGUACAGUAAAGAAGAAAUCAACUGGAGCUACAUUGAGUUCAUAGACAACCAAGAUGUUCUGGAAUUGAUUGAGAAGAAGCCUGUGGGAAUUAUUGCUCUUCUGGAUGAAGCUUGCAUGUUUCCUAAAUCGACACAUGAAACAUUUUCUACCAAGCUUUUCCAGAGCUUUGGGAGGCACCAAAGGUUGGAAAAGCCAAAGUUCUCACAGACUGAUUUUACAGUUUCUCACUAUGCUGGAAAGGUGAUCUAUCAAACAGACUCAUUUCUGGACAAAAAUAGAGACUAUGUUGUUGUUGAACAUAGCAAUCUAUUGUCAUCAUCGAAAUGCCCUUUUAUAGCUGGCCUCUUCCCUUCAUUGCCCGAGGAGUCCUCUAAAUCAUCUUACAAGUUCUCGUCUGUGGCAACAAGAUUUAAGCAACAACUUCAAGCAUUGAUGGAAACACUCAACUCUACGGAGCCUCAUUAUAUUCGCUGUGUUAAGCCAAACUCAUACAACCGUCCUCAGAAAUUUGAGAACCCAAGUGUCUUGCAUCAGCUGCGUUGUGGGGGUGUUUUAGAAGCUGUUCGAAUAAGCCUUGCUGGCUACCCCACUCGAAGAACGUAUGUGGAGUUUUUAGACCGUUUUGGACUUAUAGCGCCUGAGCUUGUUGAUGGAAGUCCUGAUGAACAGACUGCAACAGGAAGGCUUCUUGACAAGCUGAAACUUGAAAAUUACCAAUUGGGCAAGAACAAGGUAUUCCUUAGGGCUGGUCAGAUUGCUGUUCUGGAUGCACUGCGAGCUGAAGUUUUGGAUAAUGCAGCAAAAACUAUUCAAGGUCGCUAUCGGACCUUCAUUGCGCGCAGGAGUUAUUUAUUGACACGUGAUGCUGCAAUCAUGCUUCAAGCAUACUGCCGAGGCUGCCUUGCGAGAACGAUAUAUACAAUUAAAAGACGGGCUGCUGCAGCUAUUUCGAUUCAAAAGUAUGCUCGCUGCUGGCUACUUAGACGAGCUUACUUGCGAGUACGUUUGGCUGUUCUUCUUAUACAAGCCAGCAUAAGAGCAUCAAUUGUCCGUCAAAAGUUCCUUAUAAGAAAGGAAGAAAGAGCUGCUACGAUGAUCCAGGCACAAUGGCGGAUGUGGAAGGCAUAUUUAGCCUUCCGGCUGUAUCGAAAUGCAUCUAUAACCUUCCAAUGUGCUCGGAGAAGGGUGCUUGCGAAAAGAGAACUUCGGAGGCUAAAAAGGGAAGCAAAUGAAGCUGGGGCAUUACGUGAAGCCAAAAAUAAGCUUCAAAAGAACUUGGAGGAUCUCACUUGGCGCCUGAAACUGGAGAAGAGACUGCGGACAUCUGUUGAGGACACAAAAGCAGCGGAGGUCACUAAGCUUCAGAAUGCAUUGUGUGGAUUGCAAAGUGAGCUCGAUUCUGCCAAAUUGGUUUCUCUUACAGAGCGUAAGCAGAACUCACUGCUUCAAAGCCAGCUGGAGCUCUUGACUAAAGAGAAAUUAACUCUGGAGAAUAAACUUGGUAAAAUGGAAGAACGCAAGGAGAACCAUAUUUUAAAGGUUUCCAUAGACUCCCUUCAAAAGACGGCCAAGACAAUGCAGCAAGAACUCCUGAAGGCUCAAAAAGAGAGCGAAGCCAAAAUACAUAAAUUGCAGGAAGUUGAAGCAAAGUAUAUGCAGCUUCAGCAAAAUCUUCAUAGUUUUGAGGAGAAGCUUUCAAAUCUGGAGCAUGAAAAUCAGGUCCUUCGGCAACAGGCUUUGGCAGUAUCUCCUACAAGCAAUCUUACGGGCCAUUCGAAACCUUUACUUGAGAAAUUCUCUGAUGGGCAUUUGCUUCCCCACAUGAACCAGAUGUCCCUCUUUGAAUCACCUAUACCUUCAAAAGUGGUCAAAAGCAUCACCCAUUCUCUGUCAGAAUCACGUCGUUCUAAAAUCACUGCAGAGCGGCACCAGGGCAAUCAUGAAUUUCUUCUGAAGUGCAUUACAGAAGAUUUGGGGUUCACAAAUGGUAAACCAGUUGCUGCUUGUAUCAUAUACAAAUCGCUUCUCCAUUGGCAUGCCUUUGAGGCAGAAAGGACCACGAUUUUCGACUUUGUGAUUGAGGGUAUUAAUAAUCUUCUCGAGGGAGGUGACCAAGCAAAGAUUCUUCCGUAUUGGCUGUCCAAUGCCUCAACGCUUUUGUGCCUUCUACAGCGAAACCUAAGGUCCAAUGGAUAUCUUGGAACUCCUCAGCGACGGGGACUGAUUGGAAGAGUGGCACAUGGUUUGAAAUCACCCCUAAGUUCUAGCUCCUCACUUCUUGGUGGAACAUUUAGUGAUGAGGGUACGCGACAUGUUGAUGCAAGGUACCCAGCCAUACUUUUCAAACAACGACUGACAGCUUGUCUAGAGAAAAUUUUCGGUUUGAUUCGGGAUAACAUGAAGAAGGAAAUAAACCCAUUGUUGACGAACUGUAUUCAGGCUCCAAAAGCCACACGUGCAUCAAGUGCCCGAGCAUCGAAAUCGCCAGGCGGGGCUUCUCAGCUGUCACUCAGCAGUCACUGGGACAGUAUCAUCAAAUUUUUGGAUUCACUUCUAGGCCGAUUACGUGAAAAUCAUGUGCCAUCCUUUCUGGUACGGAAAUUAGUCACGCAGAUUUUCUUAUUCAUCAAUAUACAACUAUUCAAUAGUCUUCUAUUGCGUCGUGAAUGUUGCUCAUUCUCCAAUGGGGAGUAUGUUAAGUCUGGGCUUGCAGAGUUAGAAAGAUGGAUUAAUGAUGCUUCUGAGGACUAUGCUGGAACAUCUUGGCAUGAGCUUAAAUAUAUCAGACAAGCCGUUGGGUUUUUGGUCAUACAUCAGAAGAGAAAAAAGUCACUGGAUGAAAUAACGAACGAACUGUGCCCGGCAUUAACUGUACAACAACUCUAUCGGAUAAGCACCAUGUAUUGGGAUGACAAAUAUGGGACACAGAGUGUGUCAAAUGAGGUUGUUGCCAGUAUGAGGGAAAUUGUUUCCAAGGAACAGAAUUUCACGUCAAAUUCGUUUCUGUUGGAUGAUGAUCUGAGUAUCCCAUUCUCUGCUGAGGAUCUCUCCAAGGCCAUACCAGCCAUCGAUCCAGCAGAUGUGGAGCUUCCUCCUUUUUUGAGAGAAAUACCAUCUUUCCAGUUUUUGGUCCGACAUCCGGAGUGAGACACUCUCUCUCUCUGCUUUAAGUUCUAAUGCUUUCCCAAAUGUGGAGGGAUCGGAAGACUAGUUCUCCCACUGUAUAUAAUUUAUGUUGGUCAUUGAGGCAACCAAGAUGGGAGCUGUAUAGAAGAAUGUGUUAUAUCAUGGUUACCUGAAGAUGAGCAAGUCAACUUAUCUAGAGAAUUUGGAUUGAUUGGAAGUUGUGAGGAACGUGUUGGGAGUUGGCUAUACUCUGUUCUCUUUAUGUAAACUCCCGCCGUCCGCCCCUGCCCGCCCUCUCCCCCUUCUCUCUCUCUAUCCAUGUAAUUAUAGAAAUUAGGGGAACUCACUUUUCUUCUUUGAUUGGUUUGGCCAUUGUAUUUUAGAGGCUUUUGUUUAAUCAAUUGUAUCAACAGUUAAUAUGAGAAAGUAGGUCUUACGCUACGUAUCUCGUUCAUCGACUUGCUGGAUUGCCCCCAACCCCAUUUAAAUGCAUGGAUGGGUUGGAUGGUAAGAGUCAUUUAAAUGGAUGCUACUUAUUUCCUUUUGGAAACAUUGGACAGGUCUUUUUGUUCAUUCUAAUUAAAAUGGGGUUCUGCU